AUGCCCUUUUUUGUUCAAGACCACAUAGUGAAUUAAUUGGCGAUAGUUUUUUUGUCACACAUAAAAUUACCUCCACUCUAGAUGAUUGUUUUGAUUUGAUCUGCAGUGAUCGAACAAAAUUAAAUUGGUUGCGUUGCUGAACUCGAGGAGAUCCAUUCAUCUGCACUGCUAUCCGAACCAAAUGGUAACAAAUGAUUGUGAUGAGGAAAGCGAAGAUCUUCUUCGUGCUUCUAGGCUGCCACAACCUAUUCGGAGCGUACGGUGUGAACAGCGAUAUUAUUGAGAUGAAUUCGAUAUCGAGAAAUAAUGACGAAAAACAUGGACGUAAUUUAGUGAAUAUGAUGGUGCCUGGGGAUCGAGUGUCAUCGAUUGACAAAAGUAGUGCCAUCUGCACAGCAGAUUCUGGUGAUGGGCAAGAAGUUGAAAUUGUGAGAACGGUGGUAGACUACUAUUACGCGAUAGAGAGCACGGACAAAAUCACCACAAAAGAUUCUAUCGGACGGACAAUGAUUCGUUUGCUGGAAAAUAAGCUUUUUAGAUCUAUUAGACCAGCAGUGCUUUGGUGCUAUUUUGACGAACCCCAGAAUACAAGACGCAACCUACUCCGAGAUGUGGCCGACGCUUUUGAUAAGGGAGAUCAUUUACGGAAACUAACUCUCGAAGAAGCAAGAAGACGUUUGAGCAUUGUGAGUGUCUCAAAUAAUCCCGAUGAUGAAGAAACAACAAGUAAGUGGUUUGGAAUGCACAUGCGCGUGCGAAUUCAUAUAUUUAAAUUCUGAAUAUUGUCGCUAUUUCCUUUCAAAUAGGAAGGUCCCAUGUAUUAGCAUUGCGCAAUCCUCAUCAUUUACUUUUGUCGUACCGUACUUACGUUGUAAAUAGUUGAAUGUAAUUUUCCGACAAAUCAUACCGGGAACUGCACUGUGAUGCACGGAAAAGUGACGGGUAAGUUUCAGUUUUAGAGGAUCUGAAUGCAGUACAUUCUAGCCAAUUAUUUGUCCUGUAUCUCACCAGAAAAACGCUUUCAUUUUUUCAAAGUAAUGCAUCAUGCGACGAGUGACGUUAGCCUUGCAGUAGCGUCCAUUUUCGACUCUACACAAAAAGCGAUGGAUUAUAACGAAAUCUUUAUCCCCCUUGAUUUAGAUGAAAAUGCCGCCAACAUUACCAACAUUGAGUGGCUCGGGGAAACAGAAGAAGAAGCAAUCAAUGGUGGUCCCAUCAUAGUUUCUGAUGUCCCCAUUAUCAGUGAAGUCAAUAUCGACGAAAUAGAGCAGAAAGAAAAUAAGCAAUCUCUGCUCGCUUACGCCUUGACAAUUCCAGUUUUGCUACUUAUUGCCUUUGCACUGUUGGUUACAAAGAAAAAAACUAAGCGGAAGAUAAAAACAAGAGAACAAGUUCGGGCGAUCAGGAGUUUCGAUGACGUUCUGAUUGGCACUGGAGAUCCUCCAGGAAGUUUUCAUGAAGGAAUGUAUCACUACACAUGCCAAGGAGUUCGGUAUCUCUCUACAAAUUGUGCCGAUUGCAUCGAAACAAAACGAAAUGGUUUCUUCACCGCGCUUGAUCUUGAGACCAUCUCAGAAAAAUCCCUAGAAGAUGACGAAGAUUUUUCGACUCAUCGCAAAAAGCAUUUCGUUAACGCAUCUCAAUCUGCAUUGGGCAAGAAGCAUUCAUCGAUCGACGUCCAUGUAUGUAAUAGUGCGAGAUGUCCAAUUUGCACUUACAAACCACGCGAUGUUUGCUUCGUUUCAAGGUCAGAAAACUUUCUCGGAGCACUUCGUGAAGGGGAGUUGGAAGUGUGAUAUUUCCUAUUUUUAUAAACCACCACCUUAUUUGUGCAGAGCACUAAUAGCACAGGCCAGGAAAUUUAGCUGUUGACAACUGUACUGACUCAAAUCGGUUUCCGUACAUUCAUUAGAGUUGCCUUCACGCAUACGUCUAGAAUGAAUAAUGUAAUCAUUAUUGAAAAUUUAUCGUGGGGAAAAAUAUUGUGGAUAGCAAAGCCAUCAGCGCAGAGUUUGAUAGGUUGCAUUACGCAUGUAGCAUAAAUUGCAGUGUCUUCA